CACACGGUACAUUAGGAUUACCCUUUCUGUGGCUGCUGUAAAUGCCGCAGGAGGUUCUGCUCCUCCCGAGUUUCGCUGCAAGAGGGGUGAUGCGAGAAAAAGGCGGUGGAGACCAUGCCAUGAGGUGAAAGCCGUCGCUACUAAGCAAGCAGUGGCCGGCUGUGCUGCCGCUGCAGCUCUUCGGGCUGUCAGCAGCCCGCAGCUCCUUUGUCACCGUCCCUCGGCGGUGGCGGUGCGCCGACCCCGCGGCCGGGGAGCGCCGGGAGGCAGCCGGGCGGGCGGCAGGAGGGCUUAGGACCCAGGGGGACGGCAGCCGCCGAGUGGAAGGACCCAGGCUUUGGUGCACACGCCUCCUACCAAAAAAAAAAAAAAAAAUAUCAUACCCGUGGAGCUGGCGCUCGCUCAUUCACAGUUUUCUAGAGAGAUCUGAGCCUGAACCUGGGAGCCGGGAGAUUUUUCUCACCCACCCAGCUCAACAGCAAGGACACCUACAGGGGGACAAAAAUCCGACCGUCCCCCGCAGCCUCCGCGGCCCCAGGGCAGGCUGUCUGGCGCUGUGCAGGCAUAUGAUUUAUCGUAAGUGGCUGUGAAAAGACAUUAGGAGAGCAAAUAGUCCUCUGGGAACAAAGAGUCACAACACAGAAAAACAGCUGUUGAGAUUAACAAAGAGUCCAGUGUGCUAACAUGCAGCAACAAUAUUCAAGAUAGGAGAAAAAGGCCAGCAUCUUCAUUGGAAAAAACCCAACAAAGUAGAACAAAGAUGUAAACAUCUGAAAAACUGGCAGAUGUAUCAGAGCUGAACAUAACAUCAGAAGAGAAAGCGAAAUUGCCAUGUGUGGGAGGGGGUGAAAAUGGAGAAAGUGCUUCUGUUGUACCUUUGGGAAUCAGGAUAAAUCAGAAUCAUUUGAGAAAGCACAAUGACAAACUGGAUAGCUAUGGAGCAUUACAUUUAUUGCCAAGUAAGUGAUGGAAUAAACAACACUUUCCUUUGGAUGGAUCACACUACAUGUGAACUGCCUGUUACUCUUACUGUAAGAAUAAGAAAAGCCAUUUGCUUUCAUUUGUUAUAUAUCAGCUUGAUAGCAAAAAGCUUCUGAAUGGUUCCCACUCACAGCAGAUCAUCAAUUGAAUGGGAUCAGCACUUCACCUACUGAAAUAUCUGAAGUUAAGGAUCUGGAAAAGAGGUUUUUGCAGAGAUGACCCAUUUACAAGCUGGACUUAGUCCAGAGACUAUAGAGAAAGCCCGCCUGGAACUGAAUGAAAACCCAGACAUUUUGCAUCAGGAUAUCCAGCAAGUCAGGGACAUGAUCAUUACGAGGCCUGACAUUGGGUUUUUACGUACAGAUGAUGCCUUCAUCUUGAGAUUUCUCCGAGCCAGAAAGUUUCACCAAACUGAGGCCUUUAGACUGCUGGCUCAAUACUUCCAAUACCGCCAGUUAAAUCUGGAUAUGUUCAAAAACUUCAAAGCUGAUGAUCCAGGAAUCAAACGAGCUCUGACAGAUGGGUUCCCAGGAGUACUGGAAAAUCGUGACCACUGUGGCAGGAAGAUUCUUCUGCUUUUUGCAGCCAACUGGGAUCAGAGUAGGAACUCCUUCAUAGAUAUCCUUCGGGCUAUCCUACUGUCCUUGGAAGUGCUCAUUGAAGAUCAGGAGCUUCAGAUAAAUGGCUUCAUUCUAAUUAUAGAUUGGAGCAACUUCUCCUUCAAACAAGCCUCCAAGCUUACGCCAUCUAUCCUCAAACUGGCAAUUGAAGGGCUACAGGACAGCUUUCCUGCCCGUUUUGGAGGAGUCCAUUUUGUCAACCAGCCCUGGUACAUCCAUGCCCUGUACACAUUAAUCAAGCCGUUCCUCAAAGACAAGACAAGGAAAAGGAUCUUUCUUCAUGGUAACAACCUGAACAGCCUUCACCAGCUAAUACACCCUGAAUGCCUGCCUUCUGAAUUUGGGGGCACUCUUCCUCCAUAUGACAUGGGGACAUGGGCUCGAACGUUACUCGGUCCUGACUACAGUGACGAAAAUGAGUACACCCACACCUCCUACAAUGCCAUGCACGUGAAGCACGCAUCCUCCAACCUAGAGAGGGAGGCCUCGCCCAAACCCAUGAAAAGGUCCCAGUCUGUGGUGGAAGCCGGCACGCUAAAACAUGAAGACCAGGGAGAAAGUGAGAAUACCCAACCACUGCUGGCUCUGGACUGAGCUCCCACGUGCCCAACAUGCACAUAUACAUUAACAGACUUCCACCAUACCAGGAACCCACAAAGCACACAACACACACACUCAUGCCCGUGUUUUGCUUGAGAACAAGUCCUUCAUGAUUCUUGACAAGUAACAACUGUCACCAGCCAUCUGUCCGUGCGGCCGACGCUGAAAAGAACCUGAGAAGUUUCUAUUGACACAGGAGUCUGCCCAUAGAAAAAGAACUUUUUUUUUUCCUUUUAUUUAUGACAUUAAAUUAUUGGAAAUUAUGGGACUGCAUUCUCUGUUUGAAGAAACCAGGGUGUGUCAGUAGCUUUCCUGAGGACUCCAUCAGGGAUGCUCAGUUUUACAGAAGCAAAAGUUAAGUGUGUUUUAAAGAAAAACAUCUCAAACUUAAACUUUGCACUGUAAUCAUCAGUUCAAUCUCGCACUGAGGGCAGAAACAGCAGCAUCUAAGAGUGCUCAAGUUUUACAGGAAGAUUUUGCAUUAAGAAAAUAAAAUAAAUCAGUGCCAGCAUAAUGCCAUUCAACACGACACUUUGUGACCACCUCAUCCAUGCUGCUUACAUGGGGUCACAUUUCAGCAUCUAGCAAAAAUUACUCUUAACUUUUGAAGCCCGUAUAAAACUGUCAGCUGAGUGGAAUGAGCUGUGUGGGCAGCAGACGCACACAAUCUGAAAUGCAGUUAUUUAAUUUAACGAUGUGUUUUUCCACAGGCAACUCGGGAGCCUAUUAGAGAAGUGUGUGUGCGUGUGUGUGCGUAUGCGAAGGGGGCUGCUAGGGAGACCCAUUGGACAUAUUCACCAGUGAUUAAUGGUUCAAUCCAGAUUGUUUCAUUUAGGUCACAACAGCAAAUACAGGCUCGGCAGAGCCAUUUACCCCCUUCCCUCAUGCAGUGUAGUGAAAGGUGUAGCCAGAAGGGUAUGCUGAUUGCAGACGCGGGCCAUGAUUAAAAUGAAAAAGGAAAACUUUGAAUUUAUUAUUCAGUACAAGCUUCUGCUAGAAGGAAAUGUGGAAGAAUAGAAGAACUGAAAUGCCAAAGAUCAGUUUGUUAUUUCUCUGUUUGCUCUAGCUGCAAAGAGAGUCCCAUCCCUUCAUUGAAAUGGAAACUGGAUUAAACAAAUAAAAGAAAAAUCGUUAUAAAA